CGUAAAGCAUGCGCGCACAACUCAUCGGGCUCGUGUCACUGGGAUUGUUCCCAGCAAGUCAGUGUCAGUGUAUUUCAUAGGGAGCGAGGGCGGCAAACUCGGAAUGUUCCAUUGAGGGAACUGGGAGGUACUCUCGUGACGUUUGAUUGUGGGGGAAGGAGCAGGAAGCGCUCCUAACAUUCUAUUGGGCAGAUGGUUCACUUCGCAAAGAGGAGGGCCAGGGCCUGUGCGAUUGCCAUGGUAACGGGUAGCGCAGGGCAGGCGGUAACGGAGGCACCGAGGCUGCGGGUUCGCUCCGAGCCGGGGGACGGCGGCCGCUCGGCAGUGUUGUUGUCUGCUGCAGAUCUAUCCAUCCUGCCAAUGAGGGGCCUUUUCCUAUUUGUGGCCUAAAGUCAGCUGACAGAAUGGCAUACCUGCUGGGCAAUCCAAACUGUAUGGAGAGCUUGAGGAAGGACAUCACCGAUCUACAAGGAGCCAUCAUUGAUGUCUUUUCCCGGGCUGGGGCAGUGCGUUAUCCCUCCUGGAAGUUUCCCAAUAAAGUGUCCUGUGAUCUGGAUCUGGUGGCUUUGCUGGAGCAUUAUGACUAUGUGGAGAAUGACCCUGAAUUUACCCAGCAUUCCCAUGUAAUGCUCCUCGAACUGGUGAUUGACAGGUGA